CUGUCUUUUUUUUUUUCUCUCUCCCGGCCCUAUUUCUCUCUCACGAAAACCAAUUAAUGUGAUUAAAUAAAAGCAUAGGCUACGAAUGAAUGAAUGAAUACACAUUGAAGUGAUUUCAUUUUCUUGCUUUAAUUUCAUCUGUAUUUAGAUAGCGGGCAAAGAAAAAAAAGACUUAUUCACAAACUAGUUUUUCAGCCAUAAAUGCCUCUUUAAUCUUUGUUCUUAUCAGAACAAGAGGAACCCUUCUCUUAUUUUCUCUCGCACUUCAAAACCCACAUUUUUAAAAUCAUAACCCACUCCCCGAAACACCCAUUUUUUUUUACUAAAAAGGUAAUGGGGAAGAGCUCUCCUUCAUCAGAGGAGUCAGAUGAAGCAAUAACAACUCAGCUGGAGUUGUUCAAGAAGUUUAAGCGGUUCAACCCUCUUGAGCCUUCUCUUGGCCUUCUUGGGUUCUUUUUGGUCGCUGUUAUCUUCAUCAGCAGCUUCUUCUACUUGGAUUACGAAACAGUGGCUAGAGAGCUUCGAACUGGGGGGACUUGGCUGAGAUUGCAUGACUCAUCGUUGUCUUCUUCUUUUUCUUCUUCACCUUGUGAAAAUGAACGGAUGGGAUUUCUUGAUUUGGAUGGUGAUAAGUGUGACGUAUUUGAUGGGAGUUGGGUAUGGGAUGAGAGCUAUCCAUUCUAUGAGUCCCGGAAUUGCUCGUUUGUAGACCCAGGUUUCGCCUGUUCUGAAAAUGGAAGACCAGAUUCUUUCUACACCAAGUGGCGUUGGCAGCCCAAAGAUUGUAACUUGCCCAGAUUUGAUGGAACAAAGAUGUUAGAGAGUUUGAGGAACAAGCGUCUAGUAUUUGCAGGCGAUUCAUUGGGACGGAACCACUGGGAAUCCCUCUUAUGUAUGCUUUCGGGAGCUGUUCCUAACAAGUCUUCAAUUUACGAGGUAAAUGGGAAUCCAAUUGCGAAGCACUCGGGAUCCUUGAUCUUCAAGUUUGAGUACUUCAACUGCACCAUUGAAUACUAUCGAUCGCCGUUUCUAGUCGUCCAGGGCCAUCCUCCUGCUGGUGCUGCUGCAGACGUGAAAUUCACACUGAGGGUGGACGAAAUGGACUGGACUUCCGUACAAUGGAAAGAUGCCGAUGUUUUGGUUCUCAACACUGGCCAUUGGUGGAUUUAUGAGAAAACUAUAAGAGAGGGAUGUUACUUUCAGGAAGAGGGGAAGGUGAAGAAGAAUAUGAGUGUUGAAACUGCUUACAGUAAAUCGAUCGAGACUGUGAUUGAUUGGAUUGAUGAUCAAGUGAAUUUGAACAAAACUACUGUCUUCUUCCGAACCUAUUCCCCAGUUCAUUUCAGAGGUGGAGAAUGGAACACUGGUGGCGGAUGUCACUUGGAAACUCUUCCUGAUUUUGAUUUGGAUCCAGUGCCUAUUUCAUCCGAACCGCAUUUUAGUACUACUGUUAAAGUAUUGGCAGAGAGAUUGAAUGAAACUCGAUUAAUGGAUUUGGUUGUGUUAAAUGUGACAGAAAUGACAUCAAGGAGAAAGGAUGGCCAUCCCUCAAUUUAUUAUUUAGGGGCCGAGAAUGGACUGGCCUCUCUCAGCCAUCAAGACUGCAGCCACUGGUGCUUGCCUGGGGUGCCUGAUUCGUGGAAUGAGCUUCUAUACGCCAUCUUCCUCAAGCGGGAAUCAACUCGUGCAGGAAAUGCAAGAAGUCCUAGCGAGUCUCCUUCAUAAUGUUAUAUGUAAAUUCUCGCUGCCAUCGCGGUUUCUUUUUUAGUCUCAAUGUUUCUUCAAAUGCUGAGAAGUGAGAAGUCACAGAUGUUACUCUGCCAUAUGUAUCUCCCGCGUUCAUGCCAUUACACGACCAAUCCAAUAUCUUUCCUCGUAACUUGGGGAGAUUAAAGCUUCAAAAGAUGAAAAUGCUGCAAGAUAGUAAAUCAUUGGUUUGAUCUUCAUGAGGUGAUUCUUCUCAACAUGUUCGACAAAUGGGUACAUUUUUUUCCCACUUUUGGUGUCAGAUAUAGAAAACCUAAGUCUUGGUACAGUUUAUAAGAGAGAUAUAUAGUAAUACGUAAUUUUCAUUUUAGAAGAACUGGGCAAUACCUCUUGUAUAUUUUAUAUAAAAAGAGAUGGAAAAGCGCACAAUAGCCAUUUUUAUUUUUAUUUAUAGACAAUUCAGUAAUUCGAGUUAGAAAAACUGAGCGAGUGAUGCAUCAUGCCUUGAGAAUAAAAUUUUGAGUUUACCCCACUUUUGACUUUGUA